AAACAAAUGCAAAUUCCUGCCCCCCAAACAGUCUGUCAACAAGUCUAACUGCAAGAGGCCCCCAGGCCGGCCAAGCCACCGCCGGCAUUUCUCGGGGGGCUGCCAAGCUUGGAUCUCCUACAGCGCGCGUGUGCCUGCUCCCGGGCCCCCGCCAGGCGCAGCGGGCACCGAGCGCGGGUGACAGCUGGCGUGGAAAGCGCGCGAGCGGAGCGCCGGCGCUGCGCAGCGGGCACGGGACUUCGGAGCGUCCCCAGGCUUGCCUGCGAAGAGCCCCCGCGCUGUGCGGCCGGGGAUCGGACGCGGGGCUGCCCGAGGCUUGCAUGUCAACAGGGAGCAGAGCGCAGAACGUGCGCUGCUGCGGGUAGGACGCCAUGGGAUCGGUGACUCCCACCAGCCAGCUCAAUGUGAGCAGCAGCAAGGACCCGGACAGUUCCAGCCUCUCGCAAGACGUCUGGAUGGUGGGCAUGGGCAUCCUGAUGUCUGUGAUCGUGCUGGUCAUCGUCUUUGGCAACGUCCUGGUGAUCACCGCCAUCGCCAAGUUCCAGCGGCUGCAGACCGUCACCAACUACUUCAUCACCUCCCUGGCGUGCGCCGACCUGGUGAUGGGGCUGGCCGUGGUCCCCUUCGGGGCCAGCCACAUCAUGCUGAAGCAGUGGAAGUUUGGGAACUUUUGGUGCGAGUUCUGGACCUCCCUAGACGUGCUGUGCGUCACGGCCAGCAUCGAGACCCUCUGCGUCAUUGCCGUGGACAGGUAUUUCGCCAUCACCUCCCCCUUCAAGUAUCAGAGCCUGCUGACCAAAAGCAAAGCCAGGAUUGUCAUCCUCGUGGUCUGGGUGGUGUCUGUUUUGACCUCCUUCUUGCCUAUCCAGAUGCACUGGUACAGAGCAGCGCGCCCGGAAGCCGAAAUAUGUUACCAGAACGACACUUGCUGUGACUUCUUCACUAACCAGGCCUAUGCCAUCACUUCUUCCAUCAUCUCCUUCUACUUGCCUUUGGUGGUCAUGGUCUUCGUCUAUGCCAGGGUCUUCCAGGUAGCUAAGCAGCAGCUGAAGAAGAUAGACAAAUGUGAAAGGAGGUUUCAUAACCAGAACAACAACCAACAGGAGCAGAACGGGAGAGCAAGUCACAGGAGAACCUCCAAAUUUUGCUUGAAGGAGCACAAAGCCCUGAAAACCUUGGGGAUCAUCAUGGGCACUUUCACUUUGUGCUGGCUGCCCUUCUUCAUCGUCAACAUCGUGCACGUGAUACAGGACAACAUUAUCCCCUCUUACCUGUACAUCCUCCUGAACUGGUUGGGAUACAUCAACUCCGGCUUCAACCCCCUUAUUUACUGCAGAAGCCCGGACUUCAGGUAUGCUUUCCAGGAGCUCCUGUGCCUCCGGCGAUCUGCCCUGAAGAUGCACGCCAAUGGAUAUUCCAACAGCAACGGGAAAAGCGACUUCAACGAGGAGGACGAUGGAUAUCAGUUGGGACAAGACAAAGCGUGUGAAUUGCUGUGUGAAGGAGCGGGCCCACCUGCCAGUGAGGACUUAGUGCACUGUAAAGAGAUCCCUGGGUGUCCUGGAAUGGUUGAAAGUUGAAUGGGCUGAAGUGUGUUCCUCACCACGCUGAGCUCACAGGGGCUCUGGAGAGAGAAUGCAGGAGCACGGCCAUGCUUCUCUGAGACUGGUGAAACCGUGGGAAACUACUGCUUUGGCAACUGCCUUCAUCUCAGCCCAUCACCCAUAGCAAGUCACCCGAAGGAGAAGCUGAUGAAGGAGUGGCAGCGAACCAGACAAGGAUCCAUCAGCGCAUCAAGCAUCUGGGGGGAUAUAAGAGCAGGAUCUGCCCUGAGAGAGCCACAUCCCAGGAACCAGCCAUGUGAAAUCGGAUCCACUCUGGGGAGGUGGCAGCAUGGCCCAACAGCACAGCACGGAAUGAGCUGAAUUUCCACGCAGGAGGAAAAAGACAUCCAGGGGUUUCCCUGUCACAUCAACUUCGGAAAGCAUCGUUUCAAAAGGCAAGAAAGCCCUAGGGCUGCCCUGUCCUCUCCAUUGGCCAAUUCAUGGAAAAGAAGCCAAGCUCACUGCCUCCUGGCCUGGCCAAAGGAUUGCUAGGAACAUGGCCAUGGGUUUCUUGUCCACAUGCUGGCAGUGGGGUUCAGAUGAAACAGGAACCUUUUAAAGACUAGAAAGACAAGGAACGCUGAAGUUUGCUUCUAUUUACUCUGUGUUAGCUUCUACCCAUGGCAUCUUCUCUGUCUUUUCCUCUGUAUAGACAAAUAAAUACUCAAUACACCACUCAGUCCUACUCAGGUAGAAGAGGAACAUUAACAUGGGCCAAAUCUGAGGUCCUUACUCAGACAACACUCCCACCGACCGCCAAGGCGCUGCCUUCAAUGACUAUAAGGCGCUAGGGUUGACCCCAUGUUUUUGCACUGAGCAGGUGUUGGAAAAGGUCUGCUUCACCUUUCGCUUUUCAGCCCUGAUGGUCAAACAGCACCCGCCACACCCCUGGAGCCCAGUUUUCAGACCUGAGCCCCAAAUGCCAUACAAGGCUCAAAUCCCUCAUUCGGGUAUUGAAAUCAGUGCACAGGCAAGUCAAUCCUUGUUGAAAACUGAGCUCCCUGGGUUAUUAAAUAUACAAAAGGAUUCAAAAUGAAAAGCCCUAGUUUGGUUAUUAAGGGCUUGAUCCGGUGAGGUUCAGAGGCUGUCUAGCACUGUCCACGGGACGCUCAAUCCCCACUGGCACCCAGGGGAGUUUGGUGACCAGCACCUCCCAGGAGCUCAGCAUCUCAAAAGAUCAGGAGGCCCUUCAUCUCUUUACCCAUGUUGCAAAGAAAGAGGCAGAGAGCUAGGGGUCCAUGCAGCGAACCACUGGAAAGACAAAUUCAAACAGUAGGAAAGCUGGGAUGUUCUUGCAAUUUCUGAUGGCAGAAGAAUAGUCUUGUAUGCCAAGCACCCGGCUCAGAUGAGUGAGUGCAGGAUUCUGCUUAUCAGCCCUCUGAGUUCUAAGCACCAGCAGCGGUAAUGGAAAUUCUGAGCUUUACACGCAGCCCUGUUUUGACAUGAACUGGGCAGACAGGCCGGGCUUCCACCUGGAAAACUUGUAACACAAAAACGAGACUGUGGAGUGUUGUAGAGCAGCUUCCUAACCUGUGUCUGCAAGUGGGAACCACUGACCACUCUUGUAAUGCCGUAAGCAGGCCUUCAGCUCUAGCAAAAUAAAAGCAAGCCAUUUCACUGGGGUUGCCUGACGUUUAGAAAAAAAGAGGCUGCAGUCUGACCUUCUUUAUCUGCUGUGCAGGAUGUGAAGGGUACAGAAUGUGU